AUGCGUUCCACACUGCUCCUUCCUAUCAUCGCAGCUACGGCCUAUGCCGCACCUGUUGAGGACAUCCUCAAACGCGCAGGCUGCUCUUCCUACACCAUCAUCAACACCCGCGGUACGGGUGAAGCCCAAGGACCUUCCGCCGGUUUCCGCACCAUGAACUCGGCCAUCCAGUCCCAAGUCCCCGGCGGCAAGAUCUACAACACCGUCUAUGCCGCAGGCGCCGACCAGAACUCCGCUGCCGGCACCGCCGAUAUCGUCAGGGAAGUGAAGGCUGAACUUCAGAGCAACCCAGCCCAGUGCUUCAUUCUUGAAGGGUACAGCCAGGGUGCUGCUGCAACAGUGAACGCGAUGCCCCAGCUUACCGGCGCGAGCUUCGAUGCGGUCAAAGGCGUCUUCCUGAUCGGAGACCCCGAGCACAAGUCUGGACUGGCCUGCAACGUAGACAACAACGGUGGCACGACGACAAAGAACGUGAAUGGUCUCAGCGCAUUCGGGGGUAACUCCAUCCCAACUGCGUGGAUCAGCAAGACGAAGGAUGUUUGUAUCUAUGGUGAUGGCGUUUGCGAUACGACUCACGGCUACGGAAUCAACGCUCAGCACUUGCAGUACCCGAAUGACGCGCCAACACAGAAGUUGGGACAGACCUUUGUGGUGCAGCAAUUGACGGCUUAG